GGAAUAUUUUUAGAAUCCAUAGGUAAUUAUGAAGGGUGUUUCAUAGAAUUAGAAAAGGCAUUGUUCAAGAAUUAUCCACUAUCUUCUUCGCUACUCUCCCCCAAACCAAAAUUUGACUGUAAUGGCUUUGAGAAUUAAUUUUCUAUUCUAAAUUGUGGUCCAAACCUAGAUCCAAGUUUCUGAAAUCGAGACAGAAGAAGCAAUGGUGUACCUAUUUUUCCCUUAUUUAUCUGCUAUCCGCUGUCCAUAUAGAAAGCUUGCGUCUCUCUCUAAGGCGCAAGGCGCGGCUGGGCGAACGCCUAAUCAUUUGAGAGGUACGCCUGCGCUUUCCAUUUCCGCCCCGUCCUAAGACUCGCCCCAAUAUCGCCUGCUUUAUAUUUUUGGGGCCUUAAAUAUUUGGGGGCCUAAGGCAAGAGCCCUAGAGCCGCCCUCUUGGUGAGGAAAUGAUGCAAAAUAGAGCUUCUUCUGGAGCUUGUCCAGAAGACGUGAAGAAAAUCUCUUCUUCUGAACCUGAAAGUGGAAUUUCAAAUAACAAGAGGACUGUAUUCAGUGGAGGGGAAGAGGGCAUUGAACAUCUUUCAGUUGCAAAUUCAAGGAGAUCCAUCAUAGAUAUGGAUAAUGAAGAUGCUAUAUGUAAGCGCACUAGAGCGAGGUACUCACUUGCUAGCCGUACACUUGAUGAACUUGAGACAUUUCUUCAAGAAACAGAUGACGAGGAUGAUCUUCAGAAUGCAAACGACUAUCAAGAGUACAGGAGGUUUCUUGCAGCUGUUUUACUCAUUGGAGAUGGAAAUUCUGGAAAUGUACAAGAGAAUGAAAAUGUUGAUGAUGAAGAUGAAGACAACGAUGCAGAUUUUGAGCUUGAAAUUGAGGAGGCAUUGGAGAGUGACAUUGAUGAACACGUGAAGGGUGAUGUUGAAGAGGAGUACGAGGCUGUUAGUCGAAGACCUAAGACUAGGCAAACUAGGCGCCAAAGAGCUUCUCUUGAGAAUAAGAAGAAGGUUUUAGGGCUGUCAAAUAGGCCACUACGCUCUUUGUUACCAUAUCUGCCCAUUUCUCCUUACUCUGGACAUGGUGCAAAAAGCAUGACGAUGCCAAGAUGUUCUCUAGCUUCACUCAGUCUGUCGCCUGCGAAUGAUGGCUUUAUCAAUGGAUUUACAGCCCAUCAGAUAGGACAAUUACAUUGUUUGAUACAAGAGCAUGUUCAACUUCUUAUUCAGGUUUUUGCGGUUUGUGUUCUUGAGCCGGCCAGACGGCACAUUGCUUCUGAUGUUCGGGAAUUGAUAUCACAAAUGCUUCAUAAACGUGAUGAAGUAUUAGCAAGUAGGAGUGUGCCAUAUCCCAGUUUUUGCUUCUUCCCAUAUGUUCAUCCCUCAGUGUCUGAUGAACCUUCGAAGAUUUCGCCUGCCCAAAUCACCAACAAAAUGUCUUUAGCACAUGUUUCGCAGGGAGACUGCUCAUCUAGACUUAACAUGGUGCAGCCUUCUGAUGGGAUUUCCCCUUCAAGAGGAAGACAUGAUGCUUUUAAUCAAGUGGGAUGCCCUGUAGGCUCCUGGGUACCUUAUAUUAAUGGUCCAAUACUAUCUGUUCUUGAUGUGGCUCCGAUCAAAUUAGUCAAGGACUUCAUGAAUGACGUUUCUCAUGCUAUGCAAGAUUACCAACACCGGCAAGUAGGAGGUAUGGAUGAUAUCUUCUCCGAGAAGGAACCCUUGUUUCCUGUGCAAAAUAUUCAUUUUACUGCUGAACCUGAUGUUCAGGCUUCCUUGUAUUCAAAUGUUGUGCCUCCUCCUUCAUCAAGUUUUCGAACAUCAAAGAAGACUAUGGCUGCUGUAUUAGUAGAAAAAGCUAAAAAACAGGCAGCUGCUCCUGUUCCAAAGGAGAUUGCUAAGUUAGCCCAGCGCUUCUUUCCUUUGUUUAAUCCUGCCUUGUAUCCCCAUAAGCCACCCCCUGCAGCGGUAGCAAACCGGGUGCUUUUUACUGAUGCAGAGGAUGAAUUAUUAGCAUUGGGUUUGAUGGAGUAUAAUACAGACUGGAGGGCAAUUCAGCAGCGCUAUCUUCCUUGCAAAUCUAAGCAUCAGAUUUUUGUCAGGCAGAAGAAUCGCUCAUCAUCUAAAGCACCUGAAAAUCUAAUAAAGGCUGUUCGGAGGAUAAAAAACUCUCCGUUGACAGCAGAAGAGGUUGCACGUAUUGAAGAGGGUCUGAAGGUGUUCAAGCUUGACUGGAUGUCAGUGUGGAAGUUUAUUGUUCCUUAUAGAGAUCCUUCCUUGUUACCCCGGCAGUGGCGCAUUGCUAUUGGAACUCAGAAAUCGUAUAAAUCUGAUGCUAGUAAGAAGGCAAAACGCCGGUUAUAUGAAGAGAGAAGAAAAGCAAAAGCUGCUGCUUUGGAAACUUGGCAUGUUUCUUCCGAAAAGGAGGAUAAUGUUGCUGACUAUGCUGUAACAGAAAAUAGUGGUGCAGAUAAUUGUACAGAAGGAGAUGAGGAAGCUUACGUUCAUGAGGCCUUUUUGGCAGAUUGGAGGCCUGCUGUAUCCAGCAUCCAAGUGAAUCAUUUUAUGUCAGACCUGGCAGAGAAAAUUCCUCCUGCUCAGCUAUUGAGAGAUGAGAGUUCUCCAGUUGCUGAAGAGAUGAAUAGCAGUCGUUCUGGAAAUGGGCAAUCGCACAUCUCUAACGAGUUCCCUGCUUCUCUGAGGGCCUCAGAAACCGAGUCCUUUUCGCGGCCAUACGAAGCCCGUAAAUUUAACAAUGGACAAUUAGUCAAAUUAGCUCCGGGCCUGCCUCCUGUUAAUCUUCCACCAUCUGUUCGAGUAAUAUCUCAGUCAGCUUUUAAAAGCUAUCAUGGUGGAACGUAUCCAAGGGCUUUUGGUGGGGAUAUUUGUACGGGUGAUACUGUGACAGACAACACAGUCCCAAAAAUUGCAAGUGCUGCAAAGAAUUAUUUUGUGAAAGAUGGACCGUUUAGCAUUAGUGAUGGGAGGAACACUAUAAGUAAUCAGAAUCUACAGGAAACCAGUGUGUCAAAGGAUAAUAAGAAUGUUACUGAAGGAAAAGAUGAUUCAGGUCUACGGAUGCAUCCUUUGCUCUUCCGGGCCCCUGAAGAUGGCCCUUUGCCAUAUUAUCAGUCUAACUCUAGUUUUAGUACAUCCAGUUCGUUCAGUUUCUUUUCGGGUUGUCAACCUCAACUAAAUCUUAGCCUCUUUCAUCAUCCACGCCAAUUAGCCCAUACUGUUAACUUUCUUGACAAGUCUUCUAAGCUCAGGGAUAAAACUUCAAUAUCAUCUGGUUUUGACUUUCAUCCUCUUCUGCAAAGAAAUGAUGAUGCAAGUUGUGACUUGGAAGCUGCAUCCUCUGCUGCACCAACCUUAUGUAUCUCAGAGUCAUCAAAAGGAAGGUGCAUUCAAGUUCAGAAUGCUGUCGAUAGUAGUUCAAAUGUUGCCUGUUCUAUACCCUCUAGCCCUGUGGGAAAAAGCAAUGAGGUUGACUUGGAGAUGCACUUGAGUUUCACGUCCAGAAAGCAGAAAGCCAUGGGAAGCAGAGGAGUGGCUGACCAUUAUAUGGGAAGAUCACCUACUAGUGCUUCAGAUUCUGGAGAUCAAAAUCAUCAAAUCAAUAGAACUCCAAAUAGAACCACGCAACACCAUGAUUCAGGUGCUACCGCAAUGAUUUUAUUCAGCGACCAAGAAAAUGGAAAUGACGUUGAUUAUAUGGCAGACCAGUCUCUUGCAGAAAUUGUGAUGGAGCAGGAAGAGUUAAGUGACUCAGAGGAAGAAAUACGAGAAGAUGUAGAGUUUGAGUGCGAAGAGAUGGAGGACUCAGAAGGAGAGGAGAUAUUUGAAUCCGAGGAGAUAAUUUAUGAUAAAAAUGAGGUGAAACUGAACUUAAAAUUGUCUCACAAUGCUGCUUGACAAAACAUGUAUUUAAGAUGAGCAAGCAGUAUUUAGCCAAUGUAUCCCUGAAGAUAAAUGUGAAGGUUGGAGGAAGAAAUACUGUGCUGGUUGAUGCGCUCUCUAGACGAAUUCCCCUUGUCAGCGACCGCCCAACUAUCAUUUUUGGUGCAGAUGUCACCCAUCCCCACCCUGGGGAGGAUUCUAGCCCGUCAAUUGCUGCGGUGGCUGCUUCUCAAGAUUGGCCUGAGAUUACGAAGUAUGCUGGUUUGGUUUCUGCUCAAGCGCCUAGGCAAGAGCUUAUACAAGAUCUGUACAAGACCUGGCAAGAUCCAGUUAGAGGACCUGUGACUAGUGGCAUGAUAAAGGAAUUGCUUAUUUCCUUCCGUUGAGCAACUGCACAGAAGCCUCAGAGAAUUAUAUUCUACAGAGAUGGUGUUAGUGAAGGACAAUUUUAUCAAGUUCUUCUUUUUGAACUUGAUGCAAUCCGCAAGAAGGUAUGAAUUGACUUGAACCCAAUUCAGGCAUGUGCAUCUUUAGAACCCAACUAUCAGCCCCCAGUUACAUUUGUUGUGGUUCAGAAACGUCAUCAUACAAGGUUGUUUGCCAAUAACCACCACGACAGAAAUGCAGUUGAUCGGAGUGGGAACAUUUUGCCUGAUUCAAAGAUGUGCCACCCUACUGAAUUUGAUUUCUAUCUCUGUAGCCAUGCCGGCAUUCAGGGUACUAGCCGCUCAGCUCAUUAUCAUGUUCUGUGGGAUGAGAACAAUUUUACUGCUGACGCCCUGCAGUCUUUGACUAACAAUCUCUGCUAUACAUAUGCUAGGUGUACUCGUUCUGUCUCCAUUGCCUAUUAUGCACAUUUGGCAGCUUUCCGUGCUCGCUUUUACAUGGAGCCAGAGACAUCUGACAGUGGAUCAGUCACAAGCGCAG